UCUCGGCGCCUCCCCGCGCUCCGCCCAGCCCGCGGGGAAACGGUCGCGCGGCGAUGAAGUCGCGGGGGCCUGGUCUGGCGUCGCGGACUCCGGAGAUGGAGGAAAAGGAGCAAUUACGGCGGCAGAUCCGUCUCCUGCAGGGUCUGAUCGAUGACUACAAAACCCUCCAUGGCAGUGCCUCUGCCCCAGGCACCUCCGCCGCUUCCCAGUGGCAGCCGCCCACUUACAGCAGCGGCAGGGCCUUCAGUGCGCGCUACCCUCGUCUGAGCCGGAGGGGCUUCUCCCCGAACCAUGGGCCCGUGUGGCGCAAGAAAUACUCCCUUGUGAAUCGGCCCUUGGGAUCCUCGGACCCACCCGGUGACUGUGCUGCGCAGCCGCCCCCUGGGGCUGGGGGCAGCCAGGGUCCCGACCCCCAGCAGUACAUCCCGGAGAGGCAGGUCCAGCUCAGUCCGGAUCAGAACAUGGUCAUCAAGGUCAAACCACUGUCAAAGCCGGGCUCAGCUGGCACUGCAGGGGUCCUGCGGGGCUCCUUGGAAGCAUACGGGGCUCCCCCCUGGAGCAGCCACAGGCCUCAGGAAGGCGAGGGUGAGCCUGCCGGCGGCCAGCGGCAGCCCUCGAGGCCAGGAAGAGCCAAGGGGAGCUGCAGUGAGGGGGACCCCCUUCUGGUCUGCCGGAGGGAGCCUGGCAAGCCCCGGCUGGUGAAGUCGCUGAGCGCCGUGGGCAGCAGCCCCUCGGAGCCCUGGCGGACGGUCAGUGAGAGCGCAGCUGCGGCCAAGGCCCGCUUCGUGGCCCCCGGCCUGCCCCAGCGGGGCGGCACGGCCCUGGGCCGGAAGGUGGGCUCGCACUCUGUGGCCAGCUGUGGUGCACAGCUCCUUGGGGACGGGAGAGCGAACGCCGGCCAUGCAGGUCAGUCAGCUGCCUCCGGCCUGGUGGCCGGCCCAGCUAGACCUGCUGCUGGACCCAGGCAGACCCGGGAGCCCUUGCUGCUGGUGUCCUGUCGAACCAACAAGUUCCGGAAAAACGACUACAAGUGGGUGGCUGCCUCGGCGAAGAGUCCCCGGGCCCCUCGGAGGGCCCUCAGUCCCAGAGCAGUGGCGGAGAAUGUGUGCAAGGCCCCCUUUUCUGCAGCGGAACGAACGGAGAAGCCGCAGCUCAGAGCCGACCUGGAUGCCAAGCCCAGGAGGUCGGCCACAGCCUCCGUGCCUGGGGCCUCCCCGAGCAAGUACAAGUGGAAGGCCUCCAGCCCCUCGGCCUCCUCGUCCUCCUCCUUCCGUUGGCAGUCAGAGGCCGGCAGCAAGGACCAUGCCUCCCAGCUCUCCCCAGUCCCAUCUCGGUUCCCCCCAGGGGACAGACCAGCAGUGGGACCCAGCAGCUUGAAGCCCCUCUUCAGUGAGACCCCGCUCUCGGCUUACAAAGUGAAGAGCCGCACCAAGAUCAUCCGGAGGCGGGGGAGUGCUAGCCUUCCUGGGGACAAGAAGAGCAGCCCCCCACCUGCUGCCACGGCCAAGAGCCAGUUCAGCCUGCGGCGGAGGCAGACCCUCCGGGGGAAGAGCAGCCCUGUGCUGAAGAAGACGCCCAACAAGGGCCUGAUGCAGGUCAGCAGGCACCGGCUGUGCUGCCUGCCUCCUAGCCGGGCCCACCUCCCCACCAAGGAAGCCUCCAGCCUGCACGGCCAGCGGAACCCUCCCACCAGCAAAGUGAUCAAGACUCGCUACCGCAUCGUCAAGAAGACCCAGGCCUCACCUCUCAGCACCGCCCCUGGUCCCCUGGCCCCACCCUCCUGGCGGGCACUGCGGCUCUCCCUGUCCAGGUCCUUGGUGCUGAACGGCCUGCGUACUGCUGCAGCAGGUGGGAAAGCCCAGCCCGGCUCCCCUCGGUGGCGGAACAAAGGCUACCGCUGCAUCGGAGGCGUCCUCUACAAGGUGUCGGCCAACAAGCUCUCCAAGACCUAUGGCCGGCCCGGCAGCGACGGGGGCAGCAGGCCCCUCCUGCGCGCAGGCCGCUUGGACCCUGCCAGCAGCUGCAGCCGCUCCCUGGCCAGCCGGGCCGUGCAGCGCAGCCUGGCCAUCGUGCGGCAGGCGCGGCAGAGGCGGCGGCGGAGGAAGGAGGAGUACUGCAUGUACUACAACCGCUUCGGCAGGUGCAACCGCGGCGAGCACUGCCCCUACAUCCACGACCCCGAGAAGGUGGCCGUGUGCACCAGGUUUGUUCGGGGCACGUGCAAGAAGACGGACGGGACCUGCCCCUUCUCCCACCACGUCUCCAAGGAGAAGAUGCCCGUGUGCUCCUACUUCCUGAAAGGAAUCUGCAGCAACAGCAACUGUCCCUACAGCCACGUCUACGUGUCCCGCAGGGCGGAGGUCUGCACCGACUUCCUCAAAGGCUACUGCCCGCUGGGCGCGAAGUGCAAGAAGAAGCACACGCUGCUGUGUCCCGACUUCUCCCGCAGGGGCGUCUGCCCCCGGGGCGCCCAGUGCCAGCUGCUCCACCGCAACCAGAGGCAACUCGGCCGGCGGGCAGCCACAGCCCCGGCCCCGGCCCUGGAGCCCAACACCACGCCCCCCAGGAGCAGGGCUUCCACCAGCCAGGGGCCCAGGAAGUCCUUGGCCACCCAGCGCCCCACCAGGCAGACGUCCAGCUCCCCCACCUCCGCGGCAGCCGGCUCGGCCUCCCCGCCGCCUUCCCCACGGCUGUUAGCUGCAGCCUCGGCCUCUUCCUCCUCUGUCUCCUCCCGCCCCUCCACCCCAUCCUCCCCCUCCCACCCCUCUCCCUCCUCCCCCUCCGCCUCCCUGCCGCUGGACCAGGAGGAGCUGUCUCUGCCGGAGGAGGCUGCCUCGGCGGGGACGGGCUCCGGCAGCCUCUGCAAGCUGCCCUCCUUCAUCUCCCUGCAGUCCUCGCCAGGCCCAGGAGGCCAGCCCAGGGCCCCGACCCCCAGGAGCAGCCCCACCAAGGACGCAGGGAAAUCGCUGCACAUCAAACCCCGUCUGUGAGGGCCCAGGGAGCCGGCCCACGCCUACCUCAGCCCUUCAUCCCUGGAGAGGAAGGAGGCUCUGCCCGCCACUGCCCCAGAGGAGGGACCGCUUGCCACAGAGCGCCCCCCGGGGGCUGCAGGGCCGUCGCU